CAAGUAAUUUCAGUACGACGUGAGCACCCGACGAGUACGACCGCGGGAUCCGAAACUCUGCCUUAUAAUCCCGACAUAUACCAUCUAGUUGGCAAAAGUUCAAACCCCUUCUAGUUUUGGGUCUACAAAAAGGCAGAAUUACUGUAACCAUGGCUCUUCGAUUACUCUCAAGACAAAUUCGAGGCAUUGGUGUUUGCGGAACGCGAGGCCUUUCUUCUGUCAGUAGUCCCGCAGAAGCAGCAACCGAAGGAAAGUCAUCAGGUCUAUCUUUUGCUCUCUCCGAGGAGCAGCUGCAGUACCAGGACCUGACAAGAAAGUUUACUGCGGAAGAGAUCAUCCCAAAGGCUGCAGAGCUUGACAGAUCUGGAGAGUACCCAUGGGAAAUCAUCAAGAAAGCAUGGGAGCUUGGACUGAUGAACACACAUCUCCCGCAAGAUAUUGGUGGACCUGGUCUAGGCAUCCUUGACACGUGCAUCAUCACAGAGGAGCUGGCCUAUGGCUGCACAGGAGUUCAGACCGCCAUUGAAGCAUGCUCAUUAGGGUCAGCACCAGUGAUACUUGCAGGCACCCCGGAACAACAGAAGAAAUAUCUUGGCUGGCUUGUGGAUGAACCUAUUGUUUGUGCAUACUGUGUAACGGAACCAGGAGCUGGAUCCGAUGUCGCUGGAAUCAAGACCAAGGCUGUCCGUAAGGGCGACGACUACGUCCUGAACGGGUCCAAGAUGUGGAUCACCAACGGUGGCCAUGCCAGCUGGUACUUUGUGCUCGCAAGGACCGACCUGGACCCCAAGGCAUCGGCUAGCCGCGCUUUCACCGGGUUCAUCGUCGAGAGGGACACAGAAGGAGUUACUGUUGGAAAAAAGGAAUGGAACAUGGGCCAGAGAGCUUCAGACACCCGAGCAGUCAACUUUGAAGACGUGGUCGUCCCCAAAGAGAACGUCUUGUUAGGAGAAGGUCAGGGGUUCAAGAUCGCCAUGGGAGCCUUCGACAAGACCAGACCCCCGGUCGCUGCUGGAGCUACAGGCCUGGCCAAGAGAGCCUUGGAUGAGGCUCUUAAGUACUCAAUGGAGAGACAGACCUUUGGCAGGACCAUUGCAAAUCACCAGGCAGUGGCCUUCCUCCUCGCUGACAUGGCCGUAGGUGUGGAGGCAGCGCGUCUCUUGACCCAUCGGUCAGCCUGGGAGAUUGACCAGGGCAGGAGGAACACCUACUACGCCUCUCUGGCCAAGUGCUACGCGGCCGACGUGGCCAACAAGAAUGCCUCGGACGCUGUCCAGGUCUUUGGAGGAAACGGAUUCAACAGCGAGUACCCCGUCGAGAAGCUGAUGCGAGAUGCUAAAAUCUUCCAGAUUUAUGAAGGUACGGCUCAGAUCCAGAGGGUCAUCAUCUCCCGCGAACUGCUCGCCAGGGCCGGCCAGACUACAAUGUGAAAGCAGCUAGUGUCAGCCUAUAGCCUCUUUCACACAUGAAACAUGUGAAGAGGAAAACCACAUUUUUAAAAACGCUGUUGGGCAAUAAAAGAUAUUUUCAGCGUGAAUAAAUGGCUAGUGAGGAUUACAAAUGGUAGAUGUCUUCAAAAAGUACCCUACAUGCACUUACUCAUCUCAUUAAAAGAUACAGAAAUCUGAAGUUUUCUAUGUUUACGUAAUUUUAUUUUGUUGUGUCAGUUAAUUUUAAGCAGUUUUAUGUGAACAUAGCUAAAAGGCCAUUUAUCCUUAUUGAUGUAAGGAAAGGCAGAAAUAAAGAGAAAUGAAUGGUUGAAAGUUUUUUUUUUUUUUUCACCAGCACAUAAGUUUUUUAUUACAUGUUGAAAGUUUUUUACCAAGUGUUUACCUGUUUUGUAUUUUAUAAAAAAGAAAGAGGAAGACAAACAAAAAAUUAUAUAGGGGCCAAACUUAAAUCAGAAUAUCUCCUUUCUUUGGCUGGUUUAGCCUCUCUUGUGUGGAAGGGCUUAAAAACAAAAAUAUGAAAAUAAAAGACUGAAAAUGCCCCCAAAAAGGGAUUGCCAAACAAAACCAUCUUCUAUUACUUCCCUCAGCUGAAACAUAGGCCUACAUUUAAAAGAAUAUAAACAAGUAAUCAAGCAUUUGUAUAUUUUUGGUUAUAUAACUUGGAUUAGAAGAAGUCAGAAAUGUAAUGGUUGUGGGUUAUGCAAGCGACAUGUACAUGAACAUGUUAACUUGUUUCAAUACUGAAGUAAAUGGUGAUAUGGAACCAGCUGAAAUAUUUGCAGGAAAACUGUUAAUUAACAUUUCAGAUUACCGUUACUACACCUACCUGUAUAUGUGAUUGCAAUAACAUUUCUGAUUUGUAUAUGCUAUGUGACAUUUGUACUUCAUGUGUUGGUGGUGAACAAAACAAAAACACAGAAAGUGAUGACUGAGAGAAACCGUUAACUUGCUUGCAGUGUCUCAGGUUAAGGGGUUAGAGGAUGCGCCCCACUCCCUCGAAAAAAUGUAAUCUUCUUAUUUUUGUUGUUUUUUGUUUUGUGUUUGUUUUGUGUUUUUUUAAGAGGGGGGUGGAGUUUUUUGUUGUUGUAAAUGUUUCUGCAUUUAUUGAUAAUUCAAAUACAAAACAGUCAAUAAUAACAAUAGUAUAUGAUAUUAUUGAUUUACAUAAAGAUUGACAACUGAAAUACACGCACAUGAAAAUGCAUAUAUAUAUAUAAUUGAAAACUUGAAAGUAUGGAGGUAAGUCAAAGAAUCAAGAUAAAUGCAGAGGCCAACUGUCAUAAGCAUGAAUGCUUGAUUUACAAAUAUUUUUGAGCUAACUUGUUAGCAAAUGUAUUCUGACACCCAUAUUCAAAAGAGAAACGGACUAUGCCUGCUUGAGGGUGAGAUUAAGGAAGAUAUACAUAUAUGUUCAAGUGUAUUGUAUUUCAUGAAGUUCUAUAUGUAUAUGAAUCUAAUG